AUGUCGACAUUAGAGAAGGAAUUAACAGCAGCUCGGACGAGCAAAACCGGGAGUCAAGUUUCAUCGGAAUGGCCCUCUAACCACAGUCUACCGAAAGCAUUUAUUGUUAUUGGAAUCAAUACUGCUUUCAGCAGCAAGCAACGCCGAGAUUCUAUUCGAGAAACAUGGAUGCCUACGGGACACAGCGCCACAACUGGAGGAGUACUUGAUCGAGCUAUCAAUGCUGAGGAGGCCAAGUACAAAUACUUCCUUCGGCUCAACCACGUCAAGGGCUACCAUGAACUAUCCUCCAAGACCCGUUUGUAUUUUUCAAAGGUUGUCUCUAUUUGGAAUGCAGAAUUCUAUGUCAAGGUCGAUGAUGAUGUCCAUGUAAACUUAGAUAUGCUCAUGAGUACACUAGCACGAUACAGAUCCAAACCCAGAAUCUAUGUUGGAUGCAUGAAACCUGGACCAGUUCUCUCAAAGAAGACUCUUUUUGAUAUGGACAGUAAAAUCCAUACUGUCAGUAGUGUUGAAACUAAACUUAUGAUCAGCCACAGGUUUCAGGUUGUCAAAGAUCGGAUAGUGACCGUAAG